AUGAAGCUCACCACCACCCUCGUCACCGGCCUUCUCGCCACCACCGCCUCCGCCUCUUUCGACAAGUUCCUUCCCUGGGGCAAGCGCGACUACCCCUGCAUCAACGUCUACCAGGGCAUCCCCGAGAACGCCACCCUGGCCGCCGGAACCCCCGUGCAGCUCGCCUUCAACCGCCACACCGAGCGCUGCACCGACAGCGGCCUCGACCAGUACGCCGGCAACUACAGCGUCUGGCUGUACAACAACCCGACCCGCAACCUCGGCGAUCUGGGCUAUGAUGCCCAGGCCAAGGUCGUGGACCGCAUCCCUGGUACUACCAACAACCUGACUGUUACUAUUCCGGCGAAUCUGCCCAAGGUUAAGGAUGAUUCGAACUGGUAUCUGCGUGUCGAUACCACUCUUGUGAAUGCGCCUCAGAUGCCUUCACUGUUCAAUGCUCAGGGUCCUUUCCGCAUUGUCCGGUAG